AUGUCCUCGCAAAUGCCUCAACCCGAGCCCUCGACACCAGAACAUAGCAGUUCGAAAUCUCACACCGCGUGCAAUAGCGGCAUUUCUCCCUCCCGCAUCGACACAUUUACCGACACCGCCAACGGCAUCUCCCUGUUUACAGGCAAGCCUGCUUGCGAGCGAGGUGACUUCGCUGGAUGUUCGCCCUCGCCGUCGGCUUCGUCGUCGCCUAGCUCGCCUGCGGGCGAGCGGUUGACUCAUGACAACUUGCCCAGCCCCGCUAGCGGAGACGACGUUCACAGAAAAGACGAGACAUACGGGGCGCAAGAUGAUCAGGAAAAAGUAGAAGGUCGCCUGCCAGAGAGAAUCACGAAAGAGGACAUUAAGGUCCGGGAAACUCCAGCAAUGAUCUUCGACUUCGUUGGACUCGAGCGAGUGGGAAACGAACAUCUUGAAGCAACCAAAAGCGGCCCGUGGAGUGUGAAUGGACCUGAGCCUGAGAGAACUCGCGGCGAGAAAGUGCGCGGGACUGAGGCGGAGGCGGACGGGUAG